AUGAGGUAUAACGUCGUGAAUAAGCUCCUGACUUCGCUCAAACCUGUCAAUGAUGUGUACUCUCUAGCGGUGGCCACAGCAAAUCAACAGAGAUAUGAAUGGGCUCCCAUCAAGACGGUUCUGCUCACGACGUUCGCUAAACGGGAGAACUUGAUCAUCGCGCUACGACAGUCUAUCACUGACCUCAAGUACAGCUCUGUUGACAAGCUAUGUACGGAUGCUCGGCGAAUCUUUGCGAUGCAUAUGUCUAUUUUCGGGGCUACUAAUCCGUAUGAGCUUCGGACCUUCGUCGAAGCUUUAGUGGCGAAGCUGCCGGGCAAUCGUCCUUCUUUGGUCAUAACCGAAGUACACAAUAUCCUGGGAUUUCACGGAUUCAGCGCCGAUUGGGCUCUUUCGCUACCCUUCGAUGGAGACAACUCGAGCAUUCUAGGAGUUAUCACGAAGAUCGAGCGACAAGAAGCAGCCGUGAAGUUGAUGAAGCAUACCCAAUCUGACAGGGUUCUAGUGGUGGAAGACGCCCCGGCGAAACCGGUGAUGAUAGUGAACUCCGAUACUCGUCCGAAGGAGGCACAGAGUCCUGACACCCUCCGAACGAGUGCCGUCAAGUCAUGGUGUGAGAAGCACUCACCGGUCACCCUGAUCAAAGUAUACAGCCUAUGGGGGGAACAGCUGAAAGAAAAAGUGCCGGAGAUGGACGAUAGUUUUGCGUUGAAGGCAAAAGGUCGGAAGUUCCCGAUCUUCCGUAUCGUAGCUCUGAAGGUCGAUAACGCUGGCGAGCGAGAUCGUGUGCUACAACGUCUGAAGAGUAGUAACAUAAGAGCUGAAGCUUUCGCCCCUUUUCAAUAA